GCCCCUAUUAUCCACUAGUCAUCCGCCCCGCCAAGGAAUUCCUCCGUCUCUGCUCCCCAUCACAUUUCAUCUACUCAGCUGACUUCCUGGCACAUUUCAGUGCUUCUGUCCCUGCACCUCCAAACCAAGCUCCUUUUCCUCCAGGGCCUCUACAGGAUGCUGGCCUGUUCAGCUUCUCCCUAUCCACCUGGCUUAGGGUAUGUCUACACUGCCUAUGUUACAGUGCGGCCACAGCCGUGCUGUGAUGUGGGCAGUGUAGACAUGCUUUAUUGCUGGGGAAGAGCUCUCCCAGUGAUACCUCCCUCACCCCAAAUGAGUGGUGCUAGUUUUAUCAAGCGCUGUCUAUACUGGUGCUUUUCAGCGCUAAAACUUUUGUCGCUCGGGUGUGUGAAUUUUCACACCCCUUAACGACUAAAGUUUUAAUGCUGAAAGUGGAAGUGUAGUAGGGUGACUAGAUGUCUCGCUUUCAUAGGGAAAGUUCCAAUAUUUGGAGCUUUUUAUAAUAUGGACUCCUAUUACCCCCCACCCCUUGUCCCGAUUUUUCACACUUGCUAUCUGGUCACCCUACAAUGCAGACACAAGCCUUAGUUACACUUCCAGGCGGCUCUCCGCUCUGGCAGUGGCCUAUGCUGCUGCUGCUUCCCUCUCACUGUUUUGUCCCGAAAAACAGCAAGUGGGAGAGAAGCUAGGAGGCAGGAAGCAGCUCCAAGAGGGAAGGAGCCCUGACCUGCCUGACGUUUGCCACUUCACCCAGGGGAGCAGCCAUUAGCAGCUAGAGGGGACAGAAUUGCUGACCAAAGGCAGGAGAGUGGGACUCAGCAAACAGGUGACCAGAUGUCCCCAUUUUAUAUGGACAGUCCUCAUUUUUGGGUCUUUUUCUUAUAUAGGCUCCUAGUAUCCCCCACCAUGUCCUGAUUUCUCACACUUGAGGUCUGGCCACCCUAUCAGCAAAUGAAUCAGGCUGCGGGCCUCAAGCUGGAGCGCGUGCAGAGAGGUACUGCUGGGCUCCUGUCCAGAUGUGCGAGCAAAGAGGGCGGAGCAAGGGCAAAGAACAGGGAGGGGGCGGGGAGAUUGGGCCCGCGCCGCGCUCGGAGUCUCUGCGCCUAUUGGUGGGCUGAUCGGAAGACUCCACCCACGCGUAGGGGAACGGCCAAUAGAGGAGAGAGACAUGCUGUUAUCGCGAGAGUUGAGCUGAAGCUGGCAGCGCCAUCUUGAAGUCGGGAGAGGCCGUGUCCCUUUUCUGCUCCUAGGGGCUAACAGAGCAGGGGAUGGGGGCCGGGCAGUGACUGAGUUAGCUGGGUCCUUGCGCUCCUCUUCUGUGGGUGCCGGAGCGGAGCAGGCGGCCGCCGGCGGGGGAGAAUGGUGCAGUCCUGCUCCGCCUACCGCUGCCGGAACCGAUACGACAAAGAGAAGCCUAUCUCCUUCCACAAGUUUCCUCUCACGAGACCUGAUCUCUGCAAAAAAUGGGAAGCUGCUGUUAAAAGGAAAAACUUCAAACCAACGAAGUAUAGCAGCAUUUGUUCAGAACACUUUACUCCAGAUUGCUUUAAAAGGGAGUGCAACAACAAGCUACUGAAAGAAAAUGCUGUGCCCACAAUAUUUUGUUACACUGAACCCAGUGAGAAGGUAAAGACUGAAGAAUUUACAGAGCAACCCGAAGAUCUGUCUGCAGCACCACCACCCCCACCACCCCCUCCUCCUCUGCUACCACCUGCCCCACCGCAACCUUCCUUUCCUUUGUCUCAAAUAGAUGCAAGAUUGGUAGAUCCAAGUAUUGGAUUAUUAAUGCCUCCUCUCCAGACCCCUAAUAAUCUUGCCGUUUUCUGUGAUCACAACUAUACCGUAGAGGAUACAGUACAUCAAAGAAAGAGGAUUCAGCAGCUCGAGGAACAAGUUGAAAAACUACGAAAGAAGCUCAAGACAGCGCAGCAGCGAUGCAGACGUCAGGAAAGACAGAUUGAAAAACUGCGAGAGAUUGUUCAGUUUCAGAAGGAAAAAGACAUAGUGGCAGGAAAAGGCUAUGUGAUUCUACCUAAUGACUAUUUUGAAAUCGUAGAAGUACCUGCAUAAAAACAUUGACGUUAAUUUUAAAGGGGCAGUGCCAAAUAGCCUCUUCAGACUAACGCAGAAGUUCAAUUUAAAAACGAAUGCUUUCUAAUUGUGUGUAAAACCAUUCUAAAAAUAAUAAAGAAGGUAUAAAAUA